AUGAUGAAGAUAGUGAAGGAUAACAUCGUUCUCAACCAACCAGGAACCGUGAAGAUCAUCCCCGAAGAGCCAGACGACCUAUGGCUGCUCUACAACCUCAUUGCCGCCGGCGAUGUCAUCUCCACCGUCACCUCCAGAAAAGUACACGGCGACGGCGGCAGAAAGGCUAAGGCCACCACGCGCGUCAGAAUCACCCUCGACAUCUCCAUCGCCACGGUCGAUUACGACAAAGCAUCAUCGACCGUGCGAGCCAAGGGCAAGAGCCUGACCUCCAACGAGUACGUCGCUUCUGGAUCGUUCCACACGAUCGAGAUCGAGACGAACAAGGAGUUCGAUUUGAGGAAGAAGGUUUGGGACUCGGCCGCCAUCGACGCCUUGCGCGAGGGCUCUCAAAAGGCCUCCAGCGCUGAUCUCGCGGUGGUUCUCAUCGAGGAGGAUUUCGCCGCCGUGUUCUUAAUUGGAGGCAGAUCGUCGAAGGUUUGCCCUAGAAUCAAUGCUCCAAAAUCGAAGAAAUCUAAAUCCAACAAGUUCUUCGAAGACAUCUUCGCCGUCUUCGUGAAGUACGUGAACUUCGACACCGUCCGUUGCGCGGUGAUCGCGAGCUCUGGAUCGGCGAAAGACGAGUUCCGACGCUUUCUUCUCACGGAAGCGCAGAAAUCAAAGCUGAAAACCCUAGAAAAAAAUAAAUCUCGAAUCGUUGUCGCGACUACGAAAGGGAAAAUCCAGAGCUUGAACGAGGUACUCCACGAUGAGGCGGUAAUGAGCUUGGUCGGGAACACGAAGGCGGCCAUGGAAAUUAAGGCUUUCAAGGAGUUUUCUGAUGCAUUAUCUAGCAAUUCCGAUCAGGCGUGUUACGGAGAGAAGAGCGUGGAGAUGGCGCAGGAGAUGACGGCGAUCGAGACGCUUCUGAUAACGGACGAUCUGUACAGCAGUGGAGACAUCGCGACUCGGAGGAAGUAUAUGGAACUGGUUAAGGCGGUGAAGAAAGGUGGAGGGAAUGCGUUUGUGUUCUCGCCGGAGCAAGGCUCCGGCGAGGAGCUGGCGAAGCUCACCGGUGUGGCGGCGAUUUUGAGAUUUCCUGUGCCGGAUAUUGAUUAUUUGGUUAUAUAG